AAAACAUUGUUGAAAAUGAGAGUGAUAUUGAAGAUGUUGAUAGCAGUGACGAUAUGUAUCAUACUGAUCAUUUUGAUAAUAACGAGCAAAUUUCGACUCAACAAUUUAGUAAUAACUCUGUAUUUCUAGAGAUAAUGGAUAUAGAUGAUGAAGGUAUUUUGUGUGAUAGUGAUAUUAAUUUUAUGAAUAAUGAUAGGCAAAAUUUAGUUCUUCA